CAAAGACCCUAGUACUCCGCAUCUCUCUCUCUCUCUCUCUCUCUCUCUCUCUCUCUCGGAACAUGGGUCUUAGAAUUUUGUACUUCCUCUUCACGUUUCUACUGCUCCUUUUAUCCCGUUCAAGUUGCUGCGAUCUCAACUCGACCACCGCCACGAAGCACCGCCACAGAUGGGUCGAGCCGACGGUCGCGCGCACCGUCGUGGUCGAUGCUGCAGGGUCCGGCGAUUUCCUUUCAGUCCAAAAGGCCGUCGAUUCGAUCCCGGAGAACAACACGAUUCGCGUCGUUAUACAAAUCAAACCUGGGUCCUAUAUAGAGAAGGUGGUUGUGCCUGUGACGAAGCCGUAUGUGACAUUUCAAGGGGCGGGGCGGGACGUGACGUCGAUCGAGUGGCACGACCGGGCAGGAGACCGGGGGCCGGACGGGCAGCAGCUGAGGACCUACAACACGGCUUCUGUAACGGUUUUAGCUAAUUAUUUCGCUGCUAGGAAUAUCAGCUUCAAGAACACAGCUCCGGCACCACUUCCGGGGAUGGAAGGGUGGCAAGCAGCGGCGUUCCGAAUCUCCGGAGACAAGGCGUACUUCUCCGGCUGCGGCUUCUACGGCGCGCAGGACACCCUCUGCGACGACGCCGGCCGCCACUACUUCAAGGACUGCUACAUCGAGGGCUCCAUCGACUUCGUUUUCGGCAAUGGAAGAUCCAUGUACAAGGAUUGCGAGCUCCAUUCGAUAGCGAACCAGUUCGGGUCCAUUGCGGCCCAAGACCGGAACUCGGCAUGCGAGCGGACCGGGUUCGCAUUUGUGAACUGCAGGGUCACAGGAACCGGGAAAUUGUACGUGGGCCGGGCCAUGGGCCAGUACUCGAGGAUCGUCUUCGCGUACACCUACUUCGACGACGUGAUCGCGCCCGGAGGUUGGGACGAUUGGGACCAUACCAGCAACAAGAACAAGACGGUGUUCUUCGGAUUAUACAAGUGCUGGGGACCUGGCGCUGGCGCGGUGCACGGUGUGCCGUGGGCGCGAGAGCUCGAUUUCGCGACGGCGCGGCCUUUCCUCGUUAAGAGCUUCGUCAAUGGGAGGCACUGGCUUAACCCUUCAGAUGCCUGAGCUUCAACCAUAUCUUGCGACUAGUCCCGCAGACAUUGUUAAACUCACCCAGCAGAGUCUACAAAUUCAUUUGAUUCUUGUAUACGAACACUAAAAAAGUAGCAGAUACAUUUGAUUCUU